UUUUGGUAGAAAUCAAAACUAACUUUUGAUAACAUAUUUGGAAUAUAAUUGUGAAAAACUACAAAAAUGUCUAAUUAUAGCAUUAUGAGUGUGAAAGAUAUGAUCGAAAUGGCUUUCGGAGAUCCACGGAUUGACGUCGUUAAUUUUAAACUAAUACAGACGAUUUUGUUUCUACUCGCCCGUCAACUGCGUCUAUUGGGUCGUCGUGUAGAAGUCAAUGUUGAACAACCUUUUUUAACGCCUCCUCGGAGCAAUAUAAUUGUAACUGAACUUAAAAUGCAGGCUGCAGUGCCUAGAAAGCCUAAACGAGCAAAACUAUCAGAAACUGAUUCAACAGACAUGACUGCCGAAAAAACACCUUCUCACAGGAAACCAUUAAAGACUGGAGGCGGUGCUCAUGAUUCUUCAAAAAGUGAUCCCAGAACCACUGUAAUCGACUCAAAGAAAGGAAUCACUGAUCCCAAAAAAACAAUUACUGAAGCAACAAAAAGAGCUACUGAUCCCAGGCAAGAUGCUGUUGAACCAAGAAGAGGAGUUUCUGAUCCCAGACAAGGUGGGACAGUAGCUAGGUCAAGAGAAACGGAUGCAAAAAAAACGUUAGUUGAUGCUAGAAGAGGAGUGUCUGACCCAAGAUACGAUGUUGGAUCACAGGAUGACCAGAGCGUAAUUGGUGCGAUUGAAGAGAAAAGAGAACGUGUGCUCCGUGUUAUUCGUCAGAGAGCAGAUUCACGAGAAGAAGCUGAAAAAUCUCCAACUCCAAUGGCAUCGCUUGAUAGCAUAGUUGAACGAACCUCUUCUGAAGAAACUAGGAUUGGUAUUGAAGAUCCUCGCUCAACAAUGAAAAAACUGAGGCUAUCCGUAGUGACACAAGAUCAGUUUCAAGCUUUAGUUGAGAAGGUUAGAGAACUGCAGAAUCAGUUUGGCGGAGUUCCUUCAGCUAGAUUUCCAGAAAACAUUGAACUAAUGCAGCAACUAAGAAAAGGAGCCUCAUUAACUGAUGCUAUGGCUGCCUUACAAUUAUCAGCCCGUCUCGAAGCUGCUGAAAAAACAUUAGGCCAAAUGUUAUCACUCAUUACCACAAUAGCUGGUGAUACUCCCGGAAUAGACGCAGCUGUGAGUGAGACUUUAAGAAGGACAACCACCAAAGCACGGGAAACAACAUACGGUGACAAAAAGUUGACCGAGCAAUUCCGUGCAAAAGAUCGCGACACGUCACCGGCUAUGAAAACAGCUACAUUGCAACCAACAACUCUAAAGACAAUUUCAGAAGAAACCAAACAACCAUCAACGUUUACAUAUACUCAAACUGCAGCUGGCCAAGCUAAAAGUGUACCAGAAGAGCCUGUUAUCACAUUUGGUGAUUUAAACCAUGCAUUAGAAAAAUUGCAAGGCGAAAUACUAAAUGAAGUCAGAACUAUAAAUAAUGCCAAUACUGAGAGUGCUAAUAAUGCCUUAAGGCUUACAAAAAAAUUAGAGUUGAAAAUAGAGGCGUUGUCACAGCUAGCACCGAAGAUGAAUGAUUUAGAAAAACUUGUGUCAAAUUAUGCUGAACAAAUUAAUGCUUUGGACACUGGUUUAAGUGCACAGAUGACUGAUUACCAUGAAAAUUUGAAUCAAAUGCAACACGACUUGGAAGUUGCCUUAGAGACAAUGGCCGAGGCACUUGCUAACACCGGCUCUGAUACUGAAGUUGUAGCAGAAUUGAAUACUAAACUUGGAUUUGUUCAAGAAGAUAUUGAUAGAGCAGCUGUAAACCAAAAGGAAUUAUUGGAAAUGCAAAAUGCUCUUCAUGUAGAACUGCGAGGUCUAUGGCAAGAAAUCGAGGUAUUAAGGGAAGUAAAACCCGAUAGAGAUGAAGUUGUGGAUGCCCUUCGUGAUAAAGCCGGACUUAAGGCAUUGAACGGUCUGGUGUCCCAAAACCAUUUCGAUGCAGUCCGUGGAGAUUUCCAAAAGAGUGUUGCUGCUGCUUACGACAAAUUUAACAACCAAGAAAUAGUAUGGCAGAAAGCUAUUGAUGAUAUUUAUAGAGAACUGAGCGAAAAAGCUGAUUUGGUUCAACUGAAUAGCUUGUCUAAUGAUAUCGAUAACAAGCUCAAAAUUCUAAACAGCAGAGCUCAGUUAAUCAUGGACAUUCUCGGAGAACCUGUCGCUGCAGCUACCACUAAAAAGCUUUUCCGUGAUUCUGCUUGUCUAUCUUGUUCCACGCCAGCACAUAUGGAGAUUACAGAAACGGACACCAUCCCGAAACUUCCAGAAUUUCCAAAGCCAGCACAAAAAGUUCUCGACAUAGAAAAAACUUCAAAACCGGCAGAAGAGAAUGUAUGCAUACCGGGUAGACCUAUACCUCAUGCAUUAGACCCAAGAUCGGAGUUCUGCAAACGUUAUUGUGGUGGUGGUGCCGUAGGACGUCCAAUAAAGAAAUACGAACCUAUUCGAUUCGUUUCCUCAUCACUUAAAACAACUACCAUUGGAACCGAUGGAAAAACUUACAAGACGGAAGAACCUUGUCAACCGUGUGUCCCAUGUAAUCAAACACACUCAGAAACAAUUCAGCCCUUGGAAGCUGAUCAAGCUCCAAAAUUCAAAGAGGAACACGUAUCUGAUGUAACGGCACCGUCUGAUUUUUUCAUGCAGGAAGUAUCUGGUUUAGAACAAGACCCUGAGACGGCGAACAGCGUUUCUGUUACACCAACACUUCCUUUAGAUAACGACUAAAAAUAAAAUUGAUUUUAUACAU